CAUUCGCACUUGUAUGCGUUCAUUCUGUUCCUGUGAAUUGCACUUUCGUCAUGGCUCGCACGAAGCAAACUGCGCGUAAAUCAACUGGUGGAAAAGCCCCACGAAAACAGCUCGCCACAAAGGCAGCUCGUAAGAGCGCUCCUGCCACCGGUGGAGUCAAGAAACCUCNCAUCCACGCCAAGCGCGUCACCAUCAUGCCCAAGGACAUUCAGUUAGCCCGCCGAAUCCAAGCUAGCGAGGCUUACCUUGUUGGUCUGUUUGAAGACACCAACUUGUGCGCCAUCCACGCCAAGCGCGUCACCAUCAUGCCCAAGGACAUUCAGUUAGCCCGCCGAAUCCGUGGAGAGCGAGCAUAAAGUGGAUAACACCUUCACAAAACAAACGGCUCCUUUAGGAGCCAACAACUUUAAAAAGCAAUGGCCAACAUUAAAAAGUCCAAUUACCCGACCCAUUCCAAAUAUUUUCUUAAAUUUUCCUGCCAAACGUAAUGGCGGCAAAGUGGCUGAAUUUGGCGCCAAAAAUGCAUAAAUGAGGAAAGAUGGUUUUCCUCUUGUGGAUAUUAGAAGAAUUUUAUAUCCACUGCGAUAAAAUUCAUUUAUCAACCAACUCUGUUUUGACUAAAAAGGUAUUUCUUGUUUUAACAAAAUCGUGCUGUAACUCGAGUCUUCUGACUCUUCUCGUAAGUCACUCGCAAAAGUUUUUACAGUCUGAACCUAAAGUCUCGAAGAAAAUGGCUGAGCCCUCUAAAGGCUAGUUUUCACUAGAAC